UCUUUUUUUCUCUGCAGCUAUAAACAACAGCUGAAGGUAGGUAGCUCGGUAGACUUUUAAAUAUGUUUUGGUUGGAAAGUGAGGGCGGCCCGGGCCCCGUUGCAACGGAGAGCCGGUCCAAAGCGGACGUCCUGAGGGGAGUAGUCACCGACAGGCUGAGCACCGCCGUCCGCGAGAUCCUAGCGGUGGUGGAGACAACCGUGGCCGAAUACGAGGAGGAGGCGGCGGGCUUCAGGCAGGAAAUUGACCGGCAAAGGCAGGCGUUGAGGAUCCUCCUAGAGAGUCAAGUUAAAAUAGAGCCAGCAAACGUGUGUCCAGGUGAGCAGCAGCUGUGUCCUGUACGCGGUGUAAAAGAAGAAGAGGAGGCAGGAGGAGCAGAAAACCCUGAACAGGAUGGACAUCUGUGGAAUGACCAGCAGCUGUGUCCUGUAAGUGAACGUGUACCAGUGGAGAGACUUGUAAAUGCAGAGGAGGCAAGAGGAAAAGAAAACCCUGAACAGGACCAACAUGUGUGGGGUGAACAACUGGUCAACCAACUGCAUCCUGAGAGUCAAGAUGUGCUGGUGAAGACACCUGGGAAAAUAGCAGAAGAAGGGGGUGGAAGAGGAGGAGAAAGCCCUGAGGAUGACGAACAUAUGUCAUAUGGAGAAUUUGAGAAUCUUGGUCUGGUGUCCUACAUUGAGGAUGAUGAUGAUGAUGAAGGGGAGGAGUUACCACCAUUGAGAUGCUCACCAAAGCAGAAGAACAAGAGGCCAAGGCCGCUGCCUCGCUCUGGUACCAGGACGUCUCUCAGACUGAGGAUGAAUGACCCAAAGGAGUUCAUCCAGCUCAGGCUGUGUGUCCUGCCGGACCCUCACAUCACAGGGGUCUCCCACAGUAAGCUCUUGGCGUACCCAACCAUGGAGGUGAGCUGUCCUGUCGGUCUGCAGCAGGAGGAAUUCCUAAACCUGCUCCGGGUCACCUUCCCUCAGAUCAACAACAAUCCUUUCGACCUGUUCUGGACAGACAACGGCAGGAAGUUACUGCCUCUCCACGUAGAAACGCUGACAGCAGAAGAGAUCCAGAGAAAUCUGAAUAACACCAACCAGCCUGUCUACAUCCGACUCCAGGGUGAAGUGGAGUCCAAUGUUCCUGCUGUUUCUUCACGCCCUGUAACUACUCAUACAACUAAGAUUAGAUUUGUUGCUCGGAGUCGGGCGAGGAAGGGGACUGACAAUGGACAGGAUUUCAUUGACCUCGAGAUCUUAAUACCAGAUGAUUCUGACGUUGGUGGACAAUCAUCGCCAGUGAAGUCAUCUAAACAGGUCAAGGUGGUUCGCUGUCCUCUGGGCCUUAAGGAGGAAGACUUCCUGUCCCAGCUGAAGUCCCUGUUCCCUCAGUUGGCGGGCAAUGAAAUUAUUGAACUCUUCCAGACAAAUCACGGAAGCGAUCUGGUACCACUGAACACAACCACGCUGACGCCAGAGGAGAUCUGGAAGUCCAUCAGUGCAGACGGACCAGGGUCCACGUUAUGUGUCCAAAAGAAGAUGGAUAGUCGACCGGAUGUUUCUGAUCAUUUGCACAAUUCAGAUGAAACUAUUAUGAAAGAAACCUGUAAUGAGGUUUCUCCAAACAACCAUUCCAAUAAGCAAUCAGAUGAUGAAGUUGUUCCAUCACUGAGCUGCACAAAAAGCAUUCUGGUGGAUAGAGAACAAGAAUUUGCUGGCUGUCUCCAUGAUUCGGGUGAUAACUGCACACCGGGCACUUCCAUUUCUAAGCCUGAAAGGCAUUCUCAGAGGCUGACAAGAAGCUCUCACCGUCCUAUGAAUCUUGUGGAAUCAGAUGACUCAAGCAUAGAGAGUGAAGAUGAGUACAUUCCAUGUCCCUUGGACGAAAGCACAGAAAGUGAUAGCAGUUUGGAAUUAACCCUGGAAGCUAAAAAAAAGAACAAAGGUGCAUCUAUUGAGAGCAGAAGCAAGUCCUCCACUCAGAGCAAGUUAAAGCCCAUGGAGAGUGGAAGUGAGUCCUCCAGGCAGAGAAGAAGCAAGUCUUCCAGUCAUGACCCCACACAAAAAUUUCCGAAUAGCAGAGUUGAUGGGAAUGAAAAGAAAAUAGUGGCAAAAUAUUCUAAAAAGGAUGAGAGUGUUUCAGAGUCCCUGGAAGAAGAGCCGUCUGUCUAUGUCAGUCCAGUUUUAAAGGAUGGCUCUAGAAGCUAUAACAAGAAACAUUUCUGCUUUUAUUGCAGAAAGUUUGUCCAGAAAAUGUCAAGACACUUGUGGCUUAAACACCAAGAUGAAACAGAUGUUGUAAAAGCACUCAGUUUGCCAAAGAACUCAAAGGAAAGGAAACAGCAGUUAGAAUAUAUAUGUAAUAAGGGUAACUUUAAGCACAACAAUGACGUUUUGGAGACACAAAAAGGCAAACUCAUCCCAUGGAAGCAACCACAGAGAAAAUCUGAAAGAGAGGAAUUUGCACAUUGUGUUCACUGCUAUGGCUUGUUCACAAAAAGAUCAAUGUGGCGGCAUUUGCAGGCGUGCAGGUUUAAACCUGAGAGGACAAACCAAAGUAAAACUAGCAUUCAAGCUAUAUUCGCUGAACCUACUCCACCUGGAUUUAGUGAUGCUUAUCGGAAGUUCUUAAGUGUUAUGAAUCAAGACAUGAUUGCACUUGCUAUUGUACAAGACCGCUGCAUUCUCGAGUAUGGUUACAGACUGUUCAAGAAGAAUGAGAAUAUAGUAAGUAACCACCAGCAUAUUCGGCAAAAACUUAGAGACCUUGGCAGGCUGUUCUUGGAAGCAAGGAAAGUUACACAUAUGGAGACCAUGCAAGAACUCCUGAAACCUGAGCACUUCUGUCAUGUUGUCACUGCUGCAAAGAGCCUAUCUGGAUUCAAUGAGCAAACUGGCAAAUAUCAACAUCCGUCUCUUGCUCGCAAGGUUGGACACAGCUUGCGUUCUGUGGCCCUGUUUAUCAAGUCCGGAGGCCUGAAAAAGAAGGAUAAACAAGCUACUCAAGAUGCUGAGGAGUUUUUGCGGCUUUAUCGAGAAAGUUGGAGAUUUGACAUUGCAAACCAAGCACUAACCCAUCUUGACCAGAGCAAAUGGAAUACUCCUCAACUCUUACCUUUUACAGAAGAUAUCCAAAAGCUUCAUUGUCAUCUAGCUGAGAAACAGCAGCAACAUUUGAAUGAUCUGCGAGAACACCCGUCACCAUCAAACUGGAAAGAGCUUGCAAAAGUGACCCUGACACAAGUUCUACUGUUUAACCGACGGAGAGAGGAAGAAGUGUCCAGGAUGCUCUUGUCUGCGUUCCUAUCAAAAGACACAUCAGACACACAUGGAGAUGUAAGCUUGGCCCUUACACCGCUUGAACAAAAGCUGUGCAAACAUUUUGUAAGGGUUACAAUCGCAGAAAAUGGAGGAAGAAAUGUUCCAGUUCUUUUAACCCCACUCAUGAGUGAAUCACUUGAUGUUCUAACCAAGAAGAGAGAUGAAUGUGGGGUGCUGUGUGAAAAUAAAUAUCUGUUUGCAUUACCAGACUCUGUCCAUUACAUAAGGGCUUCUAACUGCGUACGGCAGUUUGUGAAAGAAUGUGAUGACAUCAAAAAUCCUGAAGCAGUAACAUCAACAAAACUGAGGAAACAUAUCGCCACCGUCUCCACUGUUUUGAACCUUAAGACCACAGAACUCGAUCAGUUUGCAGACUUCCUCGGGCAUAAUAUCGCUGUCAACCGAAAGCACUACCACCUUCGGGAGGGCACCCGCCACUUGGCCAAAAUCAGCAAAGUGCUCCUGGCAAUGGAACAGGGACACCUAGGAGAAUACAAAGGAAAGAGUCUGGAUGAAAUUCAAGUUGGCGUGAAUGAGACCAUUGGCAUGGAGGAGCUUUCAGAAGAGGAGGCUGAAGAUGUAAGUAUGCCAAGAGAACGGGGGUCAGAAGAUGGGGUCGGCAUUUCAUCCCUGCACGAGCGUACCUCCACAUCACAAGCCCAAAACCAGAGAGUGUCUGCAACAGAUGUCAGUAUGUCAAGAAAACAGGGGUCAGAAGAUGUGGUCAGUAGUACAUCCCUGCAAGAAUGUACCUCCACAUCACAAGUCCAAAAAAAGGAAGUGUCUGCAAAAAAGAGAGGUAAGCAACGUUGGGUGAAACGUUGGACACCAGAGGAAAUUGCUGCAGUUGAAAAACAUCUGAAAAAGUUUGUGGAGAGGCAGGAUGUUCCAGGUAAAGCGGACUGUGAGCGCUGUAUUUCUGCAGAACCUCAAGCGCUGCAAAAAAGAGACUGGAAAGCUAUCAAAUAUUUCAUCCAUAAUAGAAUAACUGCCAUGAGAAGAAAAUUAUAAUGAAAGCAGUUCACUGAUCAGAGGUAUGGACACACAUUUUCAGUUGGCUCUCUGUUUCCCUCUGUCUUUUAUCCACCUUAUUUAUUUCUUAAAGAUUCUAGGCACAAGAACUGAUACAACCGCAAUUCAAAACCUCCUGAUUUCACCUGAUCACCUGAUUUCACAUAAAUGACUUGACUUGCGUAUGGAAACUAAACCUAUGGUUAAUACUGUUCUCCCAUUCACUUGAAUCAUGAGUUGUCAUGAGUGUUUUGUUUUACUGUAAUCAUUACUUGCACUUGCAGCCCUAGUUCAGUCUCGGUUUUGUCUAGUGCAGUGUUUUUCAACCUAUGGCACUCUACGCUGUGGCACAUGUGUGCCAUGACAGAUCAUCAGGUGUGCCAUGAGAAAUUUGCUGAUUUAAUCUAAUUGGUCCAAUAAAAUUAUACAGUUACGGUGUAACCGAAACAGUGCCAUUCAGUUAUGGCAUAACCAAACAAUUUUAUUGGACCAAUUAGAUUAAAUCGGUGAAUUUCUCACGGCACACCUGACAAUCUGUCACGGCACACACACUAGUGACCAAGACACACUAGGCUGAACAACACUGGUCUAGAGCAUGUUUUUUAUAUAUGAGCAAAAAAGCUUUUUUUUUUCUUUUCAUUUUGAUUACCGUAUUUUCAAAGUGUAAAAUGUAGUUGGAUCAACUGACUUGUUUGCGUAAAUAAAUACAUGCUCCUUCAGUUUAA